GAAUCCCUUGCGGACGCCAGGGUGGUUUGCGAUCUUCGUUAUAGGUGCACACAUACAUUUUCUCGCAGCUGGAUGUGAUGGAAUAAGAAGAAAACAUUGUGUAACAUAUUUGUGUUUAUAAGUGAACUAAAAAAAACAUUGUGGAACAAGCAUCAGAAGACAGAAGUCCAAGAACAUAGAAGCAUGGCCACCAUGACUCUAAACCAGUACUUAAGUCAGGUGGGGUCGGCCUGGUCACGGCGGCGCGGCCCGGUGGCGGCCGAUCUGCUCUCGCUGCGACACCCGCACGUCAUGUCGGCCCGGCUGCAGCUGGAGCGGCCCGAGGACGAGGUGCAGGACGUGCUGGAGCCGCCGCUGGACGAGCUCGUUGCCGCCCACCUCAGGUGCCUGUGGGCCAUGGCCAACCGCGACUUUGGUGAGGCGCAUCGCUGCCAGAGCGCUGUCGUCUCGUGCUUCGCCAAGGUGUUCGUCACGCACAAGGAUGAUAACUGGGCCCUGCCGGUGAUGAACACCAUUUGCCUCGACCUCAGGCGGGUGGCGCUGGCGGCGGACCUCGAUCGGACCCGCAGCGGCCAGGGCCACCCGGGCGAGGUGCUCGAGAAGGCCGCCGAGGGUCUCAUGAGCUGCUUCAGGGUCUGCGCCGGCGACACCCGAGCUGAGAUGGACGACACAAAGCGCUGGGGCAUGCUGAACCUGGUCAACCAGCUAUUUAAGAUCUACUUCCGCGUCAACAAGCUGCACCUGUGCAAACCGCUGAUCCGCGCCAUCGAGUCGCUUUCGUUCCGCGGCGACUUCUCACUCAGCCAGCUGGUCACCUACCGCUACUACACAGGCCGCAAGGCCAUGUUCGACUGUGACUACAAGGCCGCGGAGGAGGCGCUGGACUUCGCCUUCCUGCGCUGCCACAGGGCCUGCCGAAACAACAAGCGUCUCAUCCUCAUCUACCUGAUCCCCGUGAAAAUGCUGCUGGGCCACAUGCCGCAGGAGCAGCUGCUGGCCAAGUACAACCUGCUGCAGUUCAGCGAAGUGGUGCGGGCCGUCAAGGAGGGUAACCCGCGACGUCUCUCCGACGCCAUGGCCGCCCACCAGGCCUUCUUCAUCAAGUGCGGCAUCUACCUGAUUCUGGAGAAGCUGCGCACCAUCACCUACCGCAACCUCUUCAAGAAAGUGUACCUGCUGACGGCGUCGGUGCAGAUCGACAUCGCGCGCUUCCAGGCGGCGCUGCUGGCCACUGGCGCCGACCAGGACAUCGACGCCGACGAGACCUCCUGCAUCCUGGCCAACCUCAUCUACGAGGGUCGCAUGAAGGGCUACAUCUCGCACUCGCACCAAAAGCUGGUGCUCAGCAAGAAAGAGCCGUUCCCUGCGCUCAGCGCCGGCGUCACUGUGUCGUGACCGUGAGCGUGAGGCAGGCGUGAGGUCAGGCAUCGCCACCGGCCCGGGUGUGACCGGCGUCAGUGUGUCGUGACCGUGAGCGUGGGGCAGGCGUGAGGUCGGGCAUCGCCACCGGCCCGGGUUUGACCGGGGCCACUGUGUCGUGACCGUGAGCGCGGGGUUGGCGUGAGGUCGGGCAUCGCCCCCGGCCCGGCUUUGACCGGUGUCGGGGCUGAGCUGCGCGCUGUCGCCGCGAGGGACGCUUCGCCUGCGAGCUGUUACGGAGGUCGGCCGGACUAAUGGCCGUCGUGGAGCCGCGCUGACAGCCGCGCACGCAGGGUCAGCUGGCAAGCUGACGCUUUCAUGCGACUCCUGAGCGCCGCUGGGUCAGUGGGUAUGUCCCCCGAGCGCCGCUGGGUCAGUGGGUAUGUCCUCUGAGAGCCGCUGGGUCAGCGGGUAUGUGCUCGUGCUGUGCGGUCGAUGCGGUCAUGCCAUUCCUGUCGGUCGUCGGGCGUGCUUCGCUCUCAUCUCAUAUGAAUGCCCGUGGGAUUUGAAAUGUCUGUCCGUGUGUUCACUGCCCUCGCCGAUCGCACAAUAGAUGCAACGCUCUUGA